AUGGGGUCCCUAGCAAACGAUAAGACAGUUCUAAUCACUGGCUGCACCCCAGGAGGGAUUGGCCACGCCCUGGCUAAGGAAUUCCACGCCAAAGGCCUUCAUGUCAUCGCCACGGCCCGUCGACCCGAAGUCCUCCAAGACUUGAGCGACUUGGGGUUGUCGACCCUAUCGCUGGAUGUAGCCAAUUCCGAGAGCAUAGCCGCUUGCAAGAAGACUGUCGCAGAACUAACAGGAGGCCGUCUUGACUUCCUUGUUAACAAUGCUGGCGUUACCCACACAAUUCCUGCUACCGACAUCAACAUGGACGAGGUACGACAGACAUUUGAAACAAAUGUUUUUGGCGUCAUGGCCAUGGUCCAGGCCUUCGUCCCCAUGUUGAUCCCAACUCGGGGUCUUAUCAUUAUGAUUAGUAGCCUUUCUGCAAUCUCGCCUUAUGUCUUCGGUUCGGUGUAUACGGCUAGCAAAGGAGCCCUGAACUCCUACAGCCGCACCCUUCGCCAAGAGUUGCGUCCCUUUGGUGUUCGCGUCAUGAUUUCUAUGACAGGAACUGUCAAGAGCCAGAUUGCGAAGCUGAACCGUGAAUUGCCGCCAAACUCCCUUUACGCUCAGGCUAAAGAUAUUUACUCCAAACGCCUGACUUUCUCUCAGAACAACGCCACUGUUUCCGCAGAAGGCUUCGCGCAGCAACUCGUAGCAGAGGCAUUGAAAGGAGAAGGUUCGCUGGGUGGCUGGGUUGGUGGUGCGACAAAUUGGUUCUGGGCUGGAGGGAUGGCUGGAUCAGUUUGGCUUGCAAGACUGCUCUUUGGGGAGUGGCUACUGGAUGAACUUGCUUAUCGGAAGUUUGAGUUGUCUAGACUAGAGGCUAUUGUCCGCAAAGAGGGUAUGAAACGGCUGGACUAA